AGUCGCAAUCAUGGAUAUUCUAAUAAAUCUUGUUGAUAAUUUUUAUUGCUCAAACUCGCACGUUUUUGUUGGACACUGUUAAACACGUGUUGAUAUAUUUAAUCCUAUUGUAUAAACAAUUUAUCAUUGUCAUUGGCUUUCAAGCUGUUGUUAUUCAACACAGAGAGCUAAAAAAUAUUAAAUAAUCAUGAGAGAAGAUGAUGAGCCAGCUUAUCCAUGUGAUAGCAAAUCAAUGCUAGACAGAAAACCUUAUACAGACAGAAAACCUUUUAUGGACACUAAACCUGAUGUUAAACCAUCAUUUGAUAGAAAACCAUAUAUAAAAAGAGAGGAUGAUGAUGAUGAUCUAGAAAGAAUAAAACCAAUAUCUUUACUUCAUGAAAUGUGUGCUAAAAAAGCUAUGAAAGAACCAAAAUGGACAUUAACACAAUGCUCAACAAAUAGCUGUGGUAGUAUUCCAGUAUUUACUUAUGAAGUUGAAGUUGCUGAACUUAAUUUAAAAGCAACUGGUACAGCUAAUAAAAAAAAAACAGCAAAACAUACAGCUGCACAAAAUAUGUUGUUAUUAAUCACAACUAAAAUUGAUGAAAAAACAUUAGCUAAAAAAAUUGCUAAACCAUCAAUAAUAUCAGAAACAUUUUUUGAAAAUUUUGUUGGUUCAUUGCAGAGAUUAUGUGGAAUAAACAGAUGGAAAACUCCUCAUUAUACAGUACCAAAACAAACUGGUCCACCUCAUUGCAGAGCAUUUAUUUGUUCUUGUACUGUUUUUAUAAAACAUCCAGGUGGAAAAAUUGAUGAAAUAAAAUCUGAAGGUAUUGGUAUAUCAAUGAAGCUAUCAAAACAAGAAGCUGCUAAAAAUAUGAGAAAGAUAUUAAUUGAAAAGGAGCCUGAUUGUGAAGAUCCAGAAAGAGAUUUAACAAAAGAAGAAAAUGAAUUUAAAAAAGAAUCAGUUAAACCAGAACUUGUACCUUUUACUAAACCAGCUGAUGUUGAAGAGUAUGAUGAGAAUGAAGAUUUUGCAAAUCAAAAUAGUUCAAAUAAUAAUUACUUAGUACAAGGUGAAUGGGAAACAACUGAAGCAUAUGAAGAAAGAAAAAGACAACAUGAAUCAUUUAGACAAACUGAUGAGCCAAGUAAUGUUAAAAGUGAAUCAAUUAAAACAGAGCUCGUACGUUUUACACAACCAGCUGAUGCUGAAGAAUAUGAUGAAGAGGAAGAUGCAGCAAAUCAUAAUUAUUCAAAUAAUAAUUUUCAAGCACCAAGAUCAUUUGAACAAACUGAUGAAUCAAAUAAAACGAGUAAUGUUAAAAAAGAACCAGUUAAAGCAGAGCUUGUACGUUUUACACAACCAGCUGAUGCUGAAGAAUAUGAUGAAGAUGAAGAUUUGGCAAAUCAAAAUUAUUUAAAUAAUAAUAGUAGUAAUACACAAAAUUAUAAUGUUGAAACACCAGAAUCAUUGGAAACAGAAGACAGAAGAAGAGCACAAGAAUAUCUUGAACAAAUUGAAUCAUUAAAUAAUAUUGAAAUGAAUACAGAAGAAGAAAUAUUUCCAUUAAAUGAAACUAAUAAUGUUAGAAUAAAAACUGAAAAAAUAAUAACAAACAAUGACAAUGAUUAUAAUGACAAUACACCUGAAUAUGUGAAUCAAAAUAAUACUGUUAAUAUUAAAGUUGAAAGAGAUGAUCCAGAGAGUGAUGAUGACUAUUGUGAAAUAAUAACAGAACAUAUACUUCCAGAUGAUCAUGAAAUGGAAGUUGAUGGUACAAUUUCAAUGGAUCAAAAUAAUUCAAAUAUACAACAAGACUUGCAAAAAAAAUUACAAGUUAAAAUUGAAAAUAUACCAAUAAAAAAAGAACAUGUUAUUGUCAAUUUAAAUGAUGAUAAUUUAAUUGAAACAGAGUCAACAAAUUGUGUUAAAAAAAUAUCAGAAUUUCAUUAUUCAAUGUUGACAAAUUAUGGUGUUGAUAUGAGAGAUGAUAUACUUGAUAAAAUACGUAAAAUGAUUAUGAGAAUAGUAGCAUCUGGUAAAAUUCAAGAGCCAAAUUUUAUUGAUUAUCAAAUAAUUUAUCUUGAUGAAAUAAUGUCAGCUAUUGGUGUUGAUGUUAAUCACAAUGUUUUUGUUGGAUAUGAUGGAUCAUAUAUUAUGGUCAUUAAUGCUACGACAAUACCUGAAAUUAUUGAAACUGAAAUUGGCAAGGAUAAAUCUGGUUUUGGUACAAAUGCAUUCUUUAAAGUUGUUGAAAGAAUUAAAAGUCUUCUUAAAUAAAUUAUAUAUAUUUAUUAAUUUAUUUACUUUGUUCUACAUUAAAUUAAUUAAUAUUUUACGUAGCAUUAAUUGUUAAUUAUUGUUAAUUAUAAUUUUUCAAUGUCAUUUAAAUUUUUUAUUGAAUCGUUGAAAGAUAUUCAAGUUGUUUAUUUGAUGAUGAAAUAUUUAGAUCAUUGUAAAAUUUAUGCACAACACUGAAUAGAUAUAACUGUGAAGCUGUAAAAUCAAAAAUCAAAUGAAAAAUAUAUUUUUUCAUGUUUAUUUAUAAGAAAAAUAAUUAGUUAUUUACAAAAAAAAAAAAACA